UAAAGUCCUAAUCCGAAAGGCCGCGUGCUCUGCACGGGGCUGGUGGCAAGGAUGGAGACGACGAUGGCCGUGGUCGCGAGGGCGGCGGCGCCGCUCGCCGGGACCGGCCGCAGGCCCUCCGGUUCGGUGCGGGAGCGGGAGGGCGGCCGGGGCGCGUCGCGCCGUCCCGCGCGGCAUCGUCGCAUCCGCGGAGGUUGAGCAAACCUACAUUAUGAUAAAACCUGAUGGAGUUCAGCGUGGCUUGGUUGGGGAGAUCAUUUCUCGCUUUGAGAAGAAAGGCUUUUUGUUGAAGGGGUUGAAGCUUUAUCAGUGCUCCAAGGACUUGGCUCAGGAACAUUACAAGGAUUUGAAGGACAAACCAUUCUUUCCCAGACUGGUUGAUUACAUAACUUCUGGCCCUGUUGUUUGCAUGGCCUGGGAGGGUGAUGGUGUUGUUGCAUCAGCUCGCAAAUUAAUCGGAGCUACUAAUCCCCUUCAAGCUGAACCAGGAACCAUAAGGGGUGAUCUUGCAGUUCGAACAGGAAGGAAUGUUGUCCAUGGAAGUGAUAGUCCUGAUAACGGCAAGCGUGAAAUAUCUCUGUGGUUCAAAGAAGGUGAGCUCUGCCAGUGGGAAUCAGUUCAAAUACCUUGGCUUGUAGAGUAAUCUCAACCAAUUGCUGUGAGAUCUGUGUUGAAUUUGUGCCUGUUCAACUUUACUCAUGGGGCCAUGUAUGAGUGUACGAGUUCAGUGCGGCUAGUAAAAUAGCUCACCGGGUCCACCUUUUCAGUAUGAAUUACCUUUACAGGUAUGCUCAUUUUGUAAUACUGAGCAUCUGGGCAACAGAAAACAUUUCGUCGGUUGUUCUGGAGAGAUUUCUCCAGACAUUUGCA